AUGACCUAUCGAGAUGCUUUGAUCGGACUUGUUGGCUUUGCAGGAGCUACCUGUGCAGCUACAACGUUGGGUGCUUACAAUGUUGACCCGGUCUCAGUAUCUGUCUCUGGAUUAUCGAGCGGUGGCUUCUUUUCUGCGCAGCUUGGUGUUGCAUACUCAAAUAUCUUCCAAACUGGAUUUGGUGUGUUUGCGGGAGGUCCAUUCGACUGUGCUCGCAAUCAGGCGUAUAUCUCAUGCAUGUACAAUGGAAACCCGUCGAUCACGACGCCCAUUGCCAAUAUGAAGGCCUGGAGUGGAAAUCAGAUUGCACCGAUUAGCAACUUGAAGAACCGCAAGAUCUACCUCUGGACAGGCUCUUCUGACACAACUGUCGGACCAAACGUUAUGAAUGCGCUGAAUUCGCAGCUGAGCAAUUUUGACACCCCGGCCGAUGUUUCUUACGUGACUACAAGUGGUGCCUCACAUACAUUCCCUACUGACUUUAGUGGCUCUGGGGACAAUUCCUGCUCCAUGUCCUCCUCGCCAUAUAUCAGCAACUGCAACUACGACGGCGCAGGGGCUGUGUUGCAAUGGAUGUAUGGACCGCUAAACGCAAAAAAUACGGGAACAUUGUCUGGAAGCAUUGUCUCCUUUGCGCAGAAUGGUGCAUACGUUGCUGCUGGUAUGGAUACUACUGGAUACAUGUAUGUGCCAGCGAGUUGCCAGAGCGGCAAUACUGUCUGUAAACUGCACGUUGCUCUGCAUGGAUGCUUGCAAAGCUAUAGCAACAUUCAGAUGAAAUUCGUUCAAAAUACAGGCUACAACCAAUGGGCGGAUACGAACAACAUUAUCAUUCUCUAUCCACAAGCCAAGCCUGAUAACACCAUCCACUCCACCUGGGGAGGCUCAUUGAGCAACCCCAAUGGUUGCUGGGACUGGGUAGGCUGGUAUGGCAACAAUGCCGACCAAAUUGGAGGUGUUCAAAUGGUUGCAAUUGUCAACCAGGUUGCACAAAUCAUGAGCGGUUUCACUGGAGGAGGAAGCACUCCUCCAACUAGCACCACCUUGUCUACAACCACCAAACCUUCUACAACAACCACAGCUUCACCGAGUUCUGUAACCGGCGCUCCACUAUACGGACAGUGUGGAGGAUAUGGAUGGACCGGCCCAACCACCUGUGCUCAAGGUAUUUGCACGGCUUACAGUGCCUUUUAUGCGCAGUGUCUACUUCCACUGUAG